GCGGCCGCGGGUGAUUGCGGCGCCGGGGCUUUGCACGUCGCCGCCGUUCACGCGAGGUUGCCCGUGUGCGCCUACCUGGUCGAGGAGCUCCAGAAAUGAAUGUCUAGUCCAUUGGGAGAUGUGUGUGACUGAGCAGCACUCCAGCCGCACAUCGGAUUUCCCCAUGUUUGUACGCUACCUGUAAGCUGUACUGCUGUAGGUAUAUAUAUAGUAUACUUGUUGUGUUUCAGUUUUCCUGUCGAUUUGAUUUGGCUUAUUACUUCAUGGUAUGUUUUUCACUAGGCAAGAGUGCAAGUUCUGCAGGGAAAUUACAAUUAAUUGGCUUGUAAUGCUGAAUUUGAUAUGUUCUGUUUCAGUGGUAAUUUUGGUUAACUGCUAGUUGCUUUAGUGUCGGUGUAUCAUACUGUAAACUGUAAUGGAUUUCCCAAUUGUUUAAUGUUUCUUACUCGAAUGAAUUUAAAUUAUAUCUGAUCUGCAUGCAUUACAGUUUACAGUAAGAUACCUGCAGAACUGCAGUGUGGAGUAUCAAGGUAAGCGUUACCUGCAUGCAUUAGGUUGCUUGCUCGAUCGAAUUUAAAUUUAUCUGAUCUGCAUGUUGCAUGAUUAUGGAGAACCAUUUUUCCAUGUUAUCAUGUCUCUGCUGCCACGUUUUUUUUAAAAGACUGCUGCCACGAUUUCAUAAACUAGAAUGGUUAAAUAAGCUAUUUUCUAGGUUUUAGCUUAUUGGAUUAAACAUAAAGACUGCAUGUGUAAUCUCAGCCUAUAACACAUAAUUGGGGGGUAGUCCUGAGUUGGAAGCAUAGAAGAAAUUACAAUUUGAUACAACUGAACAUUUUUUUAGUAGACUUCCGUAGCAGACUGACAUGCCAAUCUUUCAAAGCUGAAUCAUACGAGGAUGAUUGGUUAUAUUCAUAUUGACAUCUCUAUCCUACUUUUGUGUUAAUAUUUUAAUUGCAUUGUUUUGGUACUUAUCCUGCUGAAAUCAGCACUAUGCACUUCAUUUACAGAGCCACAUCCAAAUAAAGUAUGUUUAUGCCAUGCGUUGGUAGUCAAGAUAUUUUCCAUGUAUUAUAGCAAAGCAAAGAUGCUUCGCUGCAAAAAUCUCUAUUUUCAUAAUCUUAUUCUUUUGAUGAUUUUUAUAGGCGAGACGGCUCUGAGUUAUGCAGCUGUUAAUGGAAUUGUGAAUAUUGUGCGCUAUCUUCUUGAUCAUGGUGCCAAUCCAGAUAAGUCUGGUCCUGAAAAGUGUACUCCUCUCCACAUGGCAGUUGGACAAGGGCAUUGUGGAGUAGUAAAGGUUUUGCUCUCAAAAGGAGCUGAUGUCAAUUGUUAUUCUAACACGGGGACACCACUGCAAAUUGCUGCUGUAUUUGGGUUAGAUGGUGCUAUGAAGAUUUUGUUGGACCACCAUGCAGAUUGUAACAAAGCAGUUUGCAUCGCCGAUACACCUCUCAUUGUUGCUCUCCGAGCUCACCAGCGGAAAUGUGUGAAGCUUCUGAUUAAGGCUGGUGCUGAUUUGAAGGGUCUUGGCAGUGCUGAUCCCAUAAUAGUUGCUAUAACUGAGGGUUUAACUGAUUGUCUCAAGUGCUUACUAAAUGCUGGCGCUGAUCCCAAUGUCCUUGAUGAUUUUGGAUGCCUGCCAAUUGAAGUUGCUGCAUCUCACGAUAGGCGGGAAGACGUUGAGAUCCUAUUUCCAGUAACUUCUCGUAUUCCAUCUGUGCAUGAUUGGAGCAUUGAUGGGAUAAUUUCUUACGUACAAACAAAAGAGGCGAAUGACCCUAUUUUCAAAAUGAAUCCAGCUAAUAUGAAGCUAGAAGGAAACAAAGCAUACAAGAGAAAAGACUAUAUUACUGCAGCAAGGCUCUACACCAUGGCAGAGGGUGACUACCCCGAGAAUGUAACAUUGAUUUCAAAUAGGAGCCUUUGCUGGCUUAGCAUGGGUGAAGGAGACAAAGCUUUGCGGGAUGCUCAAAUUUGCAGGGCACUGCGUCGUGAUUGGCCGAAGGCCUGCUUCCGGGAAGGGGCUGCUCGAAUGCUGUUAAAGGACUAUGAAAAGGCAUGUGAUGCAUUCCUUGAUGGCCUCAAAUUAGACCCAGGAAACACUGAGAUUGAGAACGCCUUAAGGCUUUUCAUUCCUUUGUGGUAUCACAUGCUGUCAAGAAGGGCCACUGAAGUGUCAUCUGCUCCGAAAAGGAAUUAAAAGAAUUAACUGAUCUCAAGAAGAUGUGAUUGGAUCACUCUGCGGUGCACUGUGAACUCCAAUGUAAGAAUAUAGAAGUUGGGCGUUGAAAAUCAGUAAUGCACCAAGAGCGUCGUCCACGGCUUCACAUCUUGUGAUGUCAGAUGAGGCCGAGCAGUUUGGGCAAGCUUGGGAGUUCCCUACAGAUUGGGCCUGUAGAAACUCGGCUUGAGCACGAAACACUCUCUUUUAAUCUCGGUUAGUAGAACGGUAGGGAAAAAGCAAGACCUGGCCAACUGGUCAGUGCAUCGGUUGUCUCUGUUUAUUCAGACAAAAUCAAGUCAAUCUUAAUGGGCGCUGGCGAUGGCUGUA